AUGGAAGAAAAACCUGGUCCUUCAGGAUCUGGAGCAAAACGGAAGGCACCCACCUCCAAAACCGUCCGCGGGCAGAAGAGGGUCAACAACGAUGAAGUGUCCACUUGCGACGAAUUUCCCAGGCCUCGCGGACCAAUCAAAAAGCGUGUUGGACAGAAAAUUCCAAAAUUUCAGCCGGGGCAGGUGCCAUCUUCUGAAGAAGUCCUUAAAAUGCCGAGACGUGUCGCCAAGCGUGUGGUUAAAAACAAAUCAAAGUUAGAGAAGACCAAAAGCCCGAGUCAUGGCAGAAAAAAACCUUCGCCUAAGGUCGACGCCGCCAAAAGGCGUGCUGCCAAUAGAAAUCCUCCUCCGAUGGCCACUGGCGUCAUCGAGACCAGUGAGAAACAAUCCGAGAUGCAAGUACCUGAAGUGACCAAUGACAAGCCUUGGUGGAAAUUUUUUUUUUGCAAGAAUCAGGACGACGAGCGUGUUUUCAAGGAAGUCCACGAAGAUGAGAUAAGCCAGCUGACCGAAAGUCGGGAGGUAGAAAACAAUUCUCCUCAAACCGAUAAAAGCGCCCCGAAGUCCAAGCCGGACAAUCAGUAA